UGGCUUUUUCGUAGCAGCGCAUAUGUAUUGCUGAUCACGACUACCAUUUCGGCGGACCUGCCAGUAAUAGACCAAAGCUCGUGGAGUUCGCUUCGUUUUCGCAGAAAAUUCAAUUUCGUGCUGCGCUCGUUCUGUGUUACCUGUAGUCUAGUUAGCGAUAGAGCCCCAGCCGUUGAAGACGAAGCUUAAGGAAAACCCUCAGCAUGGGGGUGGCUGAAGAUUUCGCUCCCAGCUUUGUUAAAAAGCCACAACUGCAUCAGGAGGACGAUGGCAAUCGAUUGAUAUUUGAGUGCCAGUUGUUGUCAUCGCCAAAACCGGACAUUGAAUGGUUUCGAAGUGACAAUAAACUGGUGGAAGAUGGCCGAACCAAAUUCAAAAUUCAACCCGUUGGAGACAAUAAAUACACGGUAGUCUUAGAGCUUAACGAUGUAGUUGAAACGGAUGCCGGACUUUACAAAGUCAAAGCUAAGAACAAGUCGGGCGAAGUCUCUGCGUCUAUUAACUUAAAUUUCACACAUGGUAAGUUUUCACUUCUUGAAAACGAAGGACAAAUCGACGGUUUCGCGCCGACAUUCGCGAAAAAACCCGCUAUACGACAGGAAGAAGAUGGAAAACGAUUAUUAUUUGAGUGCCGCGUUAACGCUGAUCCGAUACCUACCAUUGUUUGGUUUCACAACGGAGCGGCUGUUAAGGAGUCGGCACGACACAAGCUUACGGUUGACAAGGACGUCCAUUCAUAUUUUGCAACACUUGAGAUACUAAAUGUCACAGUUGAGGAUGCUGGCAAAUACAAAGUGAAUGCAAAGAACGAAUUGGGCGAAAGCAAUGCAACAAUAAGCCUUAAUUUCGACAGCGACGAAGCCCCCGUGCCGGAAAGUGCAGAAGGCAUAAAGCCGACAUUCACCGAACGACCAGUAAUUCGUCAAAGUGAAGAUGGCGGCAAUGUAACGUUCGAGUGUAGAUGCGUCGGAGAUCCCACGCCAACAGUCACAUGGUCCCAUGGCGAGACUGUCCUAAAUGAGUCCAAACGCUACAAAAUGUCACUGACAAUGGACCAAAAGCUUUAUCACAUGGCGUGCCUCGAGAUUAGCAGUGUGGUCUCCUCUGACCAGGGCGAGUAUCGCGCGCAAGCGAAAAACAAGCACGGCUCUGGCGUAGCAACCAUUAAUCUGAAUUUCGAAAGCGGCUCGAAAAAAAUUCCAGAUGGAAAGUCGCCACGCUUUCCGAAAAAACCAACGAUCCGCCAAGAAGAGGACUUACUCAUCAUGGAAUGCGUGUUGGAAGCGCAUCCGGUUCCGGACAUUGUGUGGUAUUGCUCAGAUACGGAAAUCUCUGACAAUCAAAGAACGAAAAUGACUCGAAAGGCAAUAACUAAAGACAGCUACAUUCUGACUCUGGAAAUCCAAAAUCCCACUAAAGAGGAUGGCGGCAACUAUCGCUGUAACGCGAUUAAUAUGUAUGGCGAAAGUAAUGCAAACAUUGCGCUUAACUUUCAAGGUGCGAGCGACGCGAACGGUUUUGCGCCAUCUUUUAUUGAGAAGCCGAGGAUAAUACCGAAUGAGUCUGGAACACUGAUCACAAUGAAGUGCAAGUGCAAGGCGAAGCCAGAGCCCACAGUGACUUGGUUUAGGGGACAGGACAUGGUGGAGAAGAGUAAGAAGAUCAAAAUCAACACGACGGUCAUUGCAGAGGACACGUACGAGCUGACUUUGGAAAUUAAGGAUCCUGGAGCAACCGAUGGGGGCACCUACAGGUGCAACGUCAAGAACGAGUACGGCGAAUCAAACGCCAAUCUUAACCUCAACAUUGAGGCCGAGCCAGAGCCCGAGGGCGAGGGGCCAACGUUCGUGGAAAAGCCGCGAAUCGUAUCCGAAAACAAUGGCAAAUUGGUGAUAAUGGAGUGCAAGGUCAAGGCAGACCCCAAACCAGAUGUCAUUUGGUUCCGUAACGGAGAAGUCGUCAAGGAAAGCAACAAAAUUAAGACCUUUAUUGAACAGCGUGGGGAUCAGUACUACAUCAAGCUGGAGCUAUUGGAUCCGCAGCUAGAGGACUCUGGUCUUUACAAGUGCAACAUUAAGAACACGCUGGGCGAGCUUAAUGCAAAUCUAACACUCAAUAUAGAGAUUGUUCCUGUUAUCAAAGAUAAGCCUAAAAUUAUUAAGAUUAUCAAAAAACGUACGGUAGUCAUCGAGUGCACAGUAGCCUCUAAGUUUGAACCGAAGUGUACCUGGUACAAGGAAACAAACACUGUGAAGGAGAGCAAGCGACACGUGUACCUGGUAGAGCAAACUAAGGACGGGGAGUUUGCCGUCAAGCUGGAGAUCAACGAUGUGGAGGAGAGUGACAAGGGGGCUUACAAGCUGGUGGCCAGUAACGAGAAGGGAGAGGCUGUGUCUCAAGUCGUCAAUCUAGUUGACAUUCCCGAGGAGGAACGCAAGCCCAGCAAGCCGGAAAUAUCCCGAAAGCUCGCCGAUCAAAAGGUAACUGAGUCGAAGACCUUUGAGCUGCUGAUCAGCCUGACUCAGUCGGAUCGCAAGUGCAAAAUCGAAUGGUAUAAGGGCAGCACCUUAAUACGCGAAACCAAGGACAUAACCACCACCUUUGAUGGAACGACUGCGCGUCUAACAUUCAGCACCGCGAGGUCGGAACACACUUCCAACUACAAGGUCAUUGUAACCAAUGAAGUCGGCAAAGACGAGUCGUCGUGUAAGAUUACUGUGGAAAAAGCAACCAAGAAGAAAGAAGAUCAGCCUAAAGAAAAGGAUAAGUCUAAGGCAGAGAAAGAAAAAGAGCAAAAGGAAAUUGAGGAGGAAGAAACAAGUAAUAAGCAAAAGAAAGAAGAUGAGAAGGAGAUUAAGGCGGUUCCGAAAGAAAAGCAAACUGAAACAGAAACAGAGAAGAGCCCGGACAAGGAAGAUAAAAAGCCAGAAGUGGAGGAAGAAAGUUCUUCGGACCGUCCAUUUGUAAAAACUGAUAAGCAAAAGAAAGAAGAUCAGAAGGAGAAUAAGGAGGUCGCGAAAAAAAAGCAAAUUGAAGAAGAAAAGCGUCCCGACAAGCAAGAUAAAAAGCCUGAAGUAAAAGAAGAAGCACCAGUUGGGCUGCAAGAAGCCGAAAUUCAAGGGGCUCCCGAGUCGAAGGAAAUUAGUUCUGAACCGAGAGCUGAGCAAACACAAAAGAAGAAACUCGGUGACAAAAAGGACAAGAUAGCUCAACCAGAACCAAAGGCGAAAAAAGAAAAACCUACCUCAGAUCAAACUCCCGUCAAAGACAAUAAGCUAAGCCACGAAGAGCAGCACGCAACGGAACAGAUUGGACUAAAAAAAGUGGAGCGCAAGGCAAGUAUUGUGUCUGUCAAGGAGGAGAAGUCGUCAGAGGUACGCCGCCAAUCCAUAAUCAAAGCUCAGGAGGAAGUAAUUGUCGACGACUUAAAGAUAUCAUCAAGGAGGUCGUCCCUGGCGGUUGAAGAAUCUAAGACAGAAUCUCGACGCUCAUCCGUUAUUGACAAAAAACCAAUGGAGCAGGUUGAUAGUAAACAAUUUGAUGCUAACAAAAAUCCACAAGCACUAAAAGAAGAGAUUCCCAAGCUAAAACCUGCUGAAAAACGACGAACUUCAAAGGUCAUAGAGGAGCAAAAGCCUGCCGAAGAGCUGCCAAAGCUGCGUAAAACAUCAAUCGCACAAGUAAAAGAUGAGCCAAAGCCCGAGGCGGCGAAACCAAAGGCGAAGGCUAAAGCGAAGGCAAAGCCCAAGUACGAGGAACUCCCGGAAAUUCCAGACUACGAACGUCCACAGCUUGAAAAGUAUGAAAAAUCCGAGUUUACCCCAUCUGACUUUGGUCGUGAACUGGAAAUUCCCAACAAGAUGGAAAAGCCCAUCCUAGACAGCGCGAAAAAAGAACCCGAGGCCCCUGCUCAGAAAAAUGGAAUUCCCAAGAAGGCGGAAAUGGUGGAGAAGCCUGCAGAAGAACCUAAGGGCUUGAAGAUCGGCAAAGGUAAACUUCCUGAUGAGGAUGACAGUCGCGAUGGCGCCGUGCUCAAGCCAGUCAUAAUAGAGCCCGAGAAUGAAAAACCUGGGAUCGGAAACAAAAAAAUUCCUGAGCUGGCCGAUAAACCAUCUGUACUAGAUAUUAUAAAGCAGCGCCGUCGUUCCUCCGUCAGAAAUCUGAUGACCAAGGAACCAAUCCAAAAUGAAUCAUUCCUUGGUGUAGUUUUAAAGCCAGUGAUUAAGGAUGCUAAAGAGCAAGCUGCGCCUCAGCAAGCUAAACAGUUGACGAAGGCCGAUGCGACGGAACAGUUCGCUCCUACAAAGGCGAUCAAGGCGCACGUGUCCGACUUGAAAAAGCCCGAGGCUCUAGCAAUCCUUGAGGAUGACUACGAGCGGCCCGUCUUAGAGAAAUACGCCCCUGUAGACAUUGAUAAAAAGAAAUCUGAGAAACCCACACCAGCUAUUAUCACACCGGACACUAAACACCCUGAAGUAAAAUUGCCAGUAGAAGAAGUAAAGGAGGAGAAACCAAGGGUUCCCAGGAUGCAGCCGCCUGCCCCAGGUGAACCACCGAAGAUCGAGGUGAUCCGGGAAAAGCGUCCAUCACUGGCCCCGGAGCCGCCAAGUCGGCGCGGAUCUUUGAUACCGCCGGCCGAUACUGGUCGUCGACCGUCGCUUAUCAUCAAUGAUGAGAAGAAACUCCGUCCCGGCGAAGUAAUGGACACGCGGUUGUUGAGGCCAGGCGAGGUCGGUGAAGGACAGCAAAAGCAACAACGACCCGGAGAAAUGGGGGACACGAAACAGCGGAGGAGACCUUCCAUUGAUGUGCGUCGUCCAAGCGUGCAAGAUCUAGAAGAUCUCAUUAAUAAACCAUCCACGCCAUUACGCGAUGUCGGGGAUGGAGGUCCUCCGUCAAUCGUCGAUGUCCAAGAGUCUUACUCCGUCGUGGAAGACUCGACUGCGUACCUCACCGUUGGUGUCGAAGGCAGUCCAGCACCUACAUUCAAGUUCUACAAGGGAGUUAGUGAGAUUCUUGAGGGCGGUCGGUUUAAGUUCCUCACAGAUGGGCAGACAAACACAAUUACCUUGUGUAUGCGUAAGUGCAAGCCCAACGAUGAGAGCAAGUACAAGAUUGUGGUUGCAAAUAUUCAUGGUGAGGAUUCAGCCGAGAUGCAGCUCUAUGUGUCUGAUUCAAGUGGCAUGGAUUUUCGUGCCAUGCUAAAAAAACGUCGUUAUCAAAAAUGGGACAAAGACGAACAGGACCCCAAUUGGGGUGACCUUAAAGAAACGGAAAAACCGUUGCCGGCCCUUAAAAAAGUCGAAAGGAAGGUUGAGUCGUUCCUCAGCCCACUCAUCGACCAAUUCGCGAAAGAAGGAAAGGACAAAAAGGUUGUAUUUGAAGCCAGAUUCAGCAAGCCCAAUUGCAAGCCUAAAUGGCUAUUUCGAAAGGACGAGGUGUUUACGGGCAGUAAAUUUAAGUUCAAGCAAGAAAAUGAAACUUAUCAGCUGAUUAUUACGGGACCAAAAGUCGAAGACACCGGCAAGUACACUAUUGAAAUCGGAGGCGUUUCAAGCACAGCCUUUUUGAAUGUCGAAGAAGCCGAUCCCACCUACACGUUUACAAAACCCCUCAAGAAGAAACUGGAGGGAUUUACCCAGCACGAGACUACACUGGAGUGUUCUGUCAGCAGCAGUAUGGCCAAUGUGCAUUGGUUCAAGGACAACACAAAAUUGGAGUCUGAUGAUCCCCGGUACCUUAUUUCUAAGGACAUAAACGGAAACCUGAAGCUGAUCAUCAAGGAUUCUGUUCUUGAGGACGCCGGUCUAUACAGAUGUCAAUUGGAUAAGCAGCCAGAUAAGACUGAGUGUAACCUUAAGGUUACGGAGUACCCGUACAAAUUUGUUAAGGUUCUAAAGUCUCAGCAAUGCAUUGAGAAAGACACCGUAACGCUUGCCUGUGAAAUCGAUGAUGCUAUGGGUGAAGUGCAGUGGUUCCGCAACGGCGAAGAAAUCAAACCCGACAAACGCAUUCAAAUUGUGAAAGACGGUCGAAAGCGAAAGUUAGUCUUAAAGGACUGCAAGGUAACCGAUGCCGGCCAAUUUAAAUGUACAACGAAUGCUGAUAGUACAGAGGCGGAAAUAAUUAUUAACUAUCAAAACCGAUUUAACAAGAAACUCAAGGACACGGAUGCGGUUGAACGAGAAAAGUUGGUUCUCGAUGUGGAGCUCCAGGAUCAAACAGCGCCAUGCGACUGGAAAUUUAACGGAGAGCCAAUUGUACCUAGUGAACGUGUUGAGAUCAAAAACUUGGGUGGCGGCAAGCAUCAACUGAUUUUCAACAGCCUGGAUUUGUCUAAUGAGGGCGAAAUAACUUGCGAGUCUGGACAGCUUAGUUCGAAAUGCAAACUUUCUAUCCGCAAGGGAGAAAGUAGACCGAACAUUGAUUGCCCUGAUGAAUUUGCCGGACCUAUCAGUGCCCCUGUGGUUGUGGUAGUACCAUUCAAAGUUUCCGGUACAAAGCAAACACCAGUAGAGGCCAAAUUGUUAAAAGACGGAAAGCCGUUGCCUGUUAAGGAUGUAGAGGUUGCAGUUACCGACGACAAAGUUACGUUUAAAAUAAAGAAGCCGUCAAGGGAUUUAUCUGGACCAUAUCAAAUUAAAAUUUCCAAUGGCCAAGGCGAAGAUACCAAAGACGUUCAAAUUAUUUGCCAAGACGUUCCACAGCCCCCCCAGGACGUUGAUAUUACAGAUGUAUAUCAGAGCUCUUGCGUAGUUAACUUCAAGCCACCAGCUGACGAUGGUGGCACUCCCUUAACCAAGUAUGUUAUCGAAAGGCAGGACUUGAGUAAGAAACAAGGCUGGGAGCCUGUCGCUGAGGUUCUACCUAAUGAACCAUGUCGGAAAAAAAUUGAUGACUUGGUCCCAAAAAAGCAGUACAGAUUCCGUAUUCGUGCUGUCAACAUGAUUGGCCCCUCAGAUCCGGCAACAUUCAAGAAUACAAUACUCGCGAAAGAUCCAUGGGAUGAGCCGGGAAAGCCAAAGGCAGUGGAUCUUACCGAUUGGGAUAAGGAUCACGCGGAUCUCAAGUGGGAAGCCCCCGAUAGUGAUGGCGGGGAUCCAAUAACUGCAUAUAUUGUAGAAUACAAAGAAAAGUUCUCAAAUGAUUGGGUUGCCGGCAAAGAGGUUGACGGCGAUGCUAGAACUGCUACAGUUGACGGCCUAAAAGAGGGGUCACAGUACGAAUUCCGAGUCCGUGCUGUUAAUAAAGCAGGUCCGGGUGAGCCUAGCGACAAGACAAAAUCCAUCAUUGCCAAAUGCCGUUUUGUGAAGCCCUUCCUCGUUGGAGACGGCCUUAAAAACAUUACCGUAAAGAAGGGACAAACCAUUCGAUUCGAUAUUAAAUAUGAUGGUGAGCCAGAACCAACGGCAACUUGGGUAAAGGGAACAGACAACCUAAAGUUCGACAGCCAGCGCAUUUGCUUAGAUCAGUUGGAAAGGAACUCAUCCAUUACCAUUAAAAAAUCUGUACGGAAGGACACAGGAAAAUACAAAUUAGUACUGUCAAACAGCUCAGGCACAAUUGAGUCUGAGGCCCAAGUUGUGGUACUUGACCGACCACUUGCUCCUGGGGGACCGUUCGAGCCUGAAGAAGUUCGCGCCAACCAUAUUAAAAUGAAGUGGAAGCGUCCAGAGGAUGACGGCGGUUGUGAAAUUACUGGAUAUGCAUUAGAGCGCAUGGACGAAGAGACGGGUCGCUGGAUACCUGCUGGCGAAGUAGGUCCAAACGAAACUUCGUUUGAUUUCAAGGGACUGACGCCGAAUAAGAAAUACAAGUUCCGCGUAAAAGCUAUUAACAAAGAAGGCGAAUCAGAACCUCUUGAGACUUCCGAUGCCAUCGUUGCAAAGAAUCCGUAUGACCCACCAAGUCCGCCUAGCCAGCCAGUCAUCGACGAUUAUGAUAACAAGAGUGUUCUCUUAAAAUGGAAGCGACCGCCAUCAGAUGGCGGACGACCAAUAACCCAUUAUGUUGUCGAAAUGAAAGACAAAUUCUCACCUACUUGGACUGAAGUGGCGAAGACCGAGGACCCCAACCCCGAGUGUACGGUGGACGGCCUUAAGGAAAAAAUGGUGUAUCAGUUCCGAGUUAGGGCAGUGAACAAAGCGGGCCCCUCCGAACCUUCCCAGCCAACCGACAACCACCUCUGCAAACACAGAAAUCUUAAGCCACAAAUCGAUCGCUCUACCUUUAAACGAGUAACAAUAAAGAGUGGCCGUACUCAUAAAUGGUCAGUUGAUGUCAUCGGAGAACCAGUACCCGACCUGCACUGGAGUUGGAGGGAUGAUAUUCCAUUAACCACCGGAGACCGAAUAAAAAUAGAAAAUGUUGAUUAUCACACAGACUUUAGCAUAACAAAUGCUUUGCGUAAAGACAGCGGGUUUUAUACUUUAAAGGCAGAAAACCGCAAUGGUAUUGACCGCGAAACCGUGGAAUUAGUUGUUUUAGGAAAACCCAGUUCUCCAAGAGGACCUCUUGCCGUAAGCGACGUUACUGCAAAUGGGUGUCAACUGCAAUGGAAGAAACCUGAAGAUGAUGGUGGAGUACCGAUAAAGGAGUAUGUGGUUGAGAAAAUGGACACGGCAACAGGAAAAUGGGUUAGAGUCGGCAGAUCACCUGGUGAGAAGGAGCCACCAAGCUUUGAAGUUACCGGCUUAAAUCCAGGAUCGGAGUAUAUGUUCCGGGUUUCCGCUGUCAAUGAGGAAGGGGAGUCCGAACCGCUUACUACUUUGGUAGGCGUCGUGGCAAAAGAUCCGUUUGAUGAACCUAACAAGCCCGGAACUCCCGAAGUUACUGAUUAUGAUAAUCAAAGUGUGAGUUUGAAAUGGACAGCACCUAACAAUGACGGAGGUGCUCCGAUUCAGAAAUACAUAAUUGAAAGGAAAGAUAAAAAUAAGCCCGAGUGGGAAAAAGCCACGGAGAUUCCGGGAGAUCAACUGGAAGCCACAGUCGGAGGUCUUCAGGAAUAUGGAGAAUAUCAGUUCCGUGUAAUAGCAGUUAACAAAGCCGGGCUAUCACCCCCUUCAGAUGCUAGUGUUCCUCAAAUCGUUAAGUACAAAAAACUAAAACCUCGUAUUGAUCGAUCAAACUUAAAGCCAUUGUUGAUUCGUGCCGGAAAGCCCAUUAAGUACGAUGUUAAUGUUCGUGGCGAGCCUGCACCCACAAUAACAUGGUAUCAAAAUGAUGCAGAACUCAAGCCAGAGGAACUACCCAGCAAUAGCGAAAUCAAAAACAUCCCAUACAACACAAAGAUUUCAAUACUCGAUACAGUUCGUAAACAUACGGGCAUUUACAAGAUAAAGGCUGUGAAUGAACAUGGCGAGGAUGAAGCUACUGUUGAGGUCAAUAUUCUAGCUCCACCAGGAAAACCAAGGGGGCCCUUGGAAGUAAAAGAUGUUACAAAAGAUAGUUGUAAGCUUAAAUGGAAAAAACCUGAAGAUGAUGGUGGAAAACCUAUUACGGCAUAUCAGGUUGAAAAGUUUGAUAAAAAACAAGGACGAUGGGUACCUGUCGGUCGAACCUCUGCUAAUGACACAGAAUUUGAUGUCAAGGGUCUUCAAGAAGGCCAUGAGUAUCAGUUUCGUGUCAAGGCAAUUAAUGAGGAAGGAGAAUCCGAACCUCUGGAAACCGAUGGUAGCAUCAUUGCGAAAAAUCCCUAUGAUGCUGCUAGUAAGCCGGGUACACCCAAAAUUGAGGAUUACAACGAGCAUAUGGUAAAGUUAAAGUGGGAGGCACCCAAGUCUGACGGAGGAGCUCCAAUCACUGGUUAUAUAAUUGAAAAAAAAGAUAAGUUCUCUCCUGUUUGGGAUGAAGUACUCACCACCAAUACAUCCGCCCCUGAGGCAAACGUUGAGGGUCUCAUCGAAGGCAAUGUAUACCAGUUUAGAGUGCGAGCAGUUAACAAAGCCGGUCCCAGCGAACCCAGCGAUGCUACAGAGCCUCAUUUGGCAAAGCCUAGAAAUCUUAAGCCAUAUAUAAACAGAGAAAAAAUGAAGCCCAUCAAAGUUCGUGCUGGCCAAACAGUUAAGUUUGAUGUAGACGUUAAGGGUGAACCGGCGCCUACUUUAACUUGGUCCCUAAAAGAAAGCGAACUAACACCCACGGGGCAGGUACGGUUAGAAAACGAAGAAUACAAUACAAAACUCACAUUGCUAGAUACAACUCGCAAGCAAAGUGGAGAGUAUAAGCUACGUGCUGAAAAUAUAAAUGGCAUAGACGAAGCUACUGUCGAAGUCAUUAUUUUGGAUAAGCCCUCAAAGCCCGAAGGACCAUUAGAAGUCUCAGACAUUCAUAAGGAAGGUUGCAAGCUUAAAUGGAAGAAGCCGAAGGAUGAUGGAGGUCUACCUAUUACUGGCUAUGUAGUAGAAAAAAUGGAUACAGCCACUGGUAAAUGGGUACCCGCCGGUUCGGUUGAUCCAGAAAAAACAGAUAUUGAGGUAAGGGGCUUGGAUCCCAAUCAUCGUUACCAAUUUAGAGUAAAGGCUGUUAACGAGGAGGGUGACUCAGAACCUUUGGAAACUGAAUCGGCUAUAACUGCCAAAAAUCCAUUUGAUGUGUCUGCGCCGCCUGGACUACCCGAGUUUGAAGACUGGGACGAGCAUCAUGUCAAAUUAAAAUGGGAACCACCAAUUCGGGAUGGCGGCUCUCCUAUUACCAAUUAUAUAAUCGAAAUAAUGGAUAAAGACUCGGGAGAAUUUGUGAAGGCCGUUGAAACAGACAGUCCGAUUUGCAAAGGCGUUGUCAAAAAGCUUGAAGAAGGACAACAAUAUAAAUUCAGAGUACGUGCCGUAAACAAGGCUGGCCCAUCUGACCCAUCCGAGCAAACAAAUUGGCAUACAGCAAAGCCUCGCUUCCUAAAACCUCAUAUUGACCGAACCAAUUUGAAACCUCUGAUUGUUAAAGCUGGGUUAUCAAUCAGCUUGGACAUUAACAUAAAGGGAGAACCAGCUCCGAAAGUGGAAUGGUUCUUUAAUUCAUUGGCUAUAGUGAGCAGCGAAGAGAAUGUAAAAAUCGAUAAUGUUGAUUACAAUACGAAAUUCUUUGUUAUGCGCGCUCAGAGAUCCCAAAGCGGAAAAUACAUAAUCAAAGCAACAAAUGAAGUCGGUGAAGACGAAGCAGAAUUGGAAGUCACAGUUUUGGGAAAGCCAGGAAAACCGAAAGGUCCUCUUGAAGUCAAUGAUAUAACAAAGCACAGCUGCAAGCUUAAGUGGAAGAAACCAGAUGAUGAUGGCGGUACACCUAUCGACUAUUACGAAAUAGAAAAACUUGAUCCACACACUGGUCAGUGGUUGCCAUGUGGAAAGAGUACCGAGCCUGAAGCAAAGGUUAUUGGUCUUCAUGAGGGCAAGCCAUACAAGUUCCGAGUAAGAGCUGUUAAUAAAGAAGGAGAAUCUGAGGACUUAGAAACAGAAAAACCAAUUGUUGCGAAAAAUCCAUUUGAUGAACCGGACAAGCCUGGCAGACCAGAGCCCACGAAUUGGGAUAAGGAUUUCGUUGACUUAGCUUGGGAUCCUCCGAAAAACGAUGGCGGUGCACCAAUCCAAAAAUAUAUUAUUCAAAUGCGAGAUAAGUCUGGACGUGCUUGGGUGGACGCUGCUACAGUUCCUGGCGAUAAAACUAAUGGUACCGUUACCAGCGUAGAAGAAGGCCAUGAGUACGAGUUCCGUGUUGUUGCCGUUAACAAGGCCGGACCCAGUGACCCUAGCGAUGUUUCUAAGACGGUAGUUGCUAAACCUCGAUUCCUUAAGCCACACAUUGACCGAAAGAACCUACAAAAAAAAAUAAUGCGCAGUGGACAAAUGCUUCAUAUGGACGCUGCAGUAAAAGCGGAACCUCCAGCUAAAAUAACAUGGACCUACAAUGGUAGUGAAAUCAAGACUUCGGACAACAUAAAAAUAGAAAACGAGGACUAUAAAACAACAUUCAUUAUGCCCAAGGUGAAGCGCGCUGAUCGGGGCACAUACAUCGUCACUGCUAAAAACGACUCCGGUUCGGACACUGUGGAAAUUGAACUAGAGGUGCUGUGCAAGCCAAGUAAGCCCAAGGGUCCUUUGGCUGUUUCGGACGUGAAAUCCGAAAGUGUUCACCUCAAAUGGGAAAAGCCAGAAGACGAUGGUGGAGAGCCCAUUGAACAGUAUGUAGUCGAACGCAUGGAUACGGAAACAGGUCGAUGGGUUCCUGUUCUUACAACUAAGACACCUGAAGCCGACGUCACAGGACUAACAGAAGGCAAAGAAUAUCUUUUUAGGGUUAAAGCUGUCAAUUCUGAAGGCGAAUCGGAGCCCUUAGUGACUGAUGUUCCUACAAAAGCCAAGAAUCCAUUCGAUGCUGCCGAUACUCCAGGUAAGCCGCAAAUCGUUGAUUGGUCUGCUAGCCAUUGUGAUCUUAAGUGGAGAGCUCCAGAAGACGAUGGCGGAGCUCCCAUCACCGGCUAUAUUGUGGAAAAGAAGGAUCCUAAUACAGGAAAGUGGCAGAAAGCGCUUGAAACGAAUACGCCUGAAUGUAAGGCCAGCGUGAAUGACUUAAUCGCAGGCAACAAAUAUCAGUUCAGAGUUAAGGCCGUUAACAAGGCAGGCAAAAGCAAGCCCUCCGAACCAUCAGACCAGAUGACAGCAAAGGAUCGAUAUGCACCACCCAAAAUUGAUAGAACAAAUAUUAAGGACAUCACCAUUAAGGCAGGACAAAACAUUCGAUAUGACAUUAAAGUUUCUGGAGAACCUCCGGCAACCAAAAUUUGGCUCCACAACAAAGCCCGGCUUGACAAUGACGAUAGUGACUAUAAUAUUGAUAUGGAGUCAUAUCGCACAAAGCUAACAGUACCAUUUUCAAAGCGUUUCCAUUCAGGAAAAUAUACGCUUAAGGCCGAGAACGAAUCCGGACGUGAUGAGGCUUCGUUUGAAGUCAUUGUAUUGGACAAGCCAGGGACUCCAGAGGGACCGCUCCGGGUGACAGAUGUGCACAAGGAAGGGUGCAAACUAAAAUGGAAUGCUCCUCUAGACGAUGGAGGAUUGCCAAUAGAGCACUACAUUGUCGAGAAAAUGGACGUCGAAAGUGGGCGUUGGCUUCCAUCUGGUCGCUUUAAGGAACCAUUUGCUGAGUUGAAUAAUUUGGAGCCUGGUCAUGAAUACAAGUUUCGUGUUCUUGCUGUGAACACCGAAGGUGAAUCCGAACCAUUGGUUGGAGAACAUUCUAUAAUAGCCAAGAAUCCGUUCGAUGAGCCCGGAAAGCCAGGAACGCCGGAAGCAGUAGACUGGGACAAAGAUCAUGUUGACUUGGUGUGGAAGCCACCAAUUAACGAUGGUGGAUCGCCUAUUAUAGGCUACGUAGUUGAAAAACGCGAGAAAGGUACUGACAAAUGGAUAAAGGGAGCUGAAGUUACAGCUCCUGGCUUCGGCGAAGAGUGCAAAGCUACUGUGCCAAACCUAAAUGAAAACUGUGAAUACGAAUUUCGAAUCAAAGCAAUUAACGCAGCAGGGCCUGGGCAACCAUCUGAUGCCAGCAAGCCCGUUAUUACCAAGCCAAGAAAGCUGGCCCCCAAGAUUGACCGGAAAAAUAUUCGAACUUACAACAUCAAGGCUGGAGAACCAAUAUUCUUGGACAUCAAUGUCAGCGGAGAACCUGCACCUGAUGUUUCUUGGAACCAAAACAACAAGUCGGUUCAAGCAACUUCAGUUAGUCAUAUAGAGAAUAUUCCGUAUAACACCAAAUACGUUAAUAACAACCCCGAACGAAAAGAUACAGGUCUCUACAAAAUCUCUGCGCAUAACCUUUAUGGCCAGGAUCAAGUGGAGUUCCAAAUCAACAUUAUCACUAAGCCUGGCAAGCCUGAAGGUCCUUUAGAAGUAUCAGAUAUACACAAGGAUGGAUGUAAGCUCAAAUGGAAAAAACCUAAAGAUGAUGGAGGUGAACCAAUAGAGAGCUACUUAGUAGAGAAGUUCGACCCAGAUACAGGUGUUUGGCUGCCUGUCGGAAAAACUGACGUACCAGAAUAUAAUGUUGAUGGCCUAGUCCCAGGCCACGAGUACAAAUUCCGGGUAAAGGCUGUAAACAAGGAGGGUGAAUCAGAACCGCUGGAAACAUUGGGUUCAAUUAUUGCCAAGGAUCCUUUUACUGCUCCGUCGAAGCCUGGUAUUCCAGAACCUACCGAUUGGACUGCAAGCAAGGUGGAGCUUGCUUGGCCAGAACCUGCAAGUGAUGGUGGAUCUCCAAUCACAGGAUAUAUUAUCGAGCUGAAAGACAAGUACAGCCCUCUUUGGGAAAAGGCUCUGGAAACCGACUCUCCAACUCCCAUAGCUACUAUUCAAAAUCUUAUAGAAGGAAAUGAAUACCAGUUCCGGGUAAUUGCUUUGAAUAAAGGUGGCCAAUCAGAACCUUCGGAUCCUAGCAAAACUUUUAUAGCCAAGCCGCGAUAUCUUGCUCCAAAGAUAGACCGUAGAAAUCUUCGUGAUAUAACUCUAUCGUCUGGUACCGCUCUUAAAUUAGAUGCAAUCAUCACGGGCGAGCCAGCUCCAAAAGUAGAGUGGAAAUUUUUAAACUAUCCUUUGCAUUCGGGAAAGAAUGUGACAAUCGAAAGCCCUGACUACUUUACGAAACUAGUUAUUCGACCAACGCAACGUAGUGACUCUGGAGAAUACUUGGUCACAGCCACAAACAGUUCCGGAAAAGACAGCGUGCAAGUAAAUGUGGUUAUCACAGACAAGCCCACCCCUCCCAACGGACCACUUCAAGUAUCCGAUGUACACAAGGAGGGUUGCCACCUUAAAUGGAAGCGACCCAGUGACGAUGGUGGAACUCCAAUUGAGUAUUUUCAAAUUUCCAAGUUGGACCCCGAAACUGGAUGCUGGAUUCCUUGCUGUCGUUCAACAGAACCACAAGUGGAUGUAACAGGUCUUACUCCUGGAAACGAGUACAAGUUCCGAGUAUCAGCUGUAAACGCCGAAGGGGAGUCACAGCCAUUGGUUGGUGAAGAAACAAUAAUAGCAAAAAAUCCAUUCGAUGAGCCUGGCAAGCCCGAGAAUCUUAAAGCAACGGAUUGGGAUAAGGACCACAUAGAUUUAGCGUGGACCCCACCGCUAACUGACGGUGGAUCACCCAUUACUGGCUAUGUUGUUGAACAGAAAGACAAGUUCGGUAAGUGGGAGAAGACCCUUGAGGUUCCAGCUGAUCAAUGCAAAGCAACUGUUCCGGAUCUUGUCGAGGGACAAGCUUAUGAGUUCCGGGUUUCCGCAGUCAACGCUGCUGGGCCUGGAGAGCCAUCUGACGCAACUCCACCGAUAAUUGCAAAGGCCCGCAAUAAGCCACCAGUUAUUGAUAGAUCUAAUUUAAUUGAAGUGCGUAUUAAAGCUGGACAGGCAUUCACAUUCGACUGUAAGGUAUCGGGGGAACCAGCGCCGAAGACGAAGUGGCUGCUCAAGAAAAAAGAAGUGUAUACAAAAGACAACGUAAAAGUAACUCACGUUGAAUACAAUACAAAACUAAAGGUUACUGCUGCGACCCGAGCCGAUUCUGGAACAUAUACAGUGUAUGCAGAAAAUGCAAAUGGAGAAGACAAUGCCGAAGUUAAAGUUUCUGUCAUUGAUAAGCCGUCACCGCCAAAUGGACCGCUUAAGGUUGAUGAUAUAAAUGCAACUUCUUGUACUUUGCACUGGAGUCCUCCAGACGAUGAUGGUGGACAGCCAAUCGAUAACUAUCUGGUUGAGAAACUAGACGAAGUAACAGGUCGUUGGAUACCAGCUGGGGAGACGGACGGACCAACUACUAGUCUGAAAGUAAAGGGCCUUACCCCUGGUCAUAAAUACAAAUUCCGAGUGCGCGCCAAAAAUCGUCAAGGAACUUCAGAUCCACUUACAACACCACACUCGAUCGAGGCUAAAAAUCCAUACGACGAACCUACCAAGCCGGGCACUCCAACAAUAAAGGACUUUGACAAAGACUUUGUUGAUUUGGAGUGGAGUAGACCAGAAAGUAAUGGCGGAUCUCCUAUCACCGGGUAUAUAAUUGAGAAACGCGACAAGUAUUCCCCAGACUGGGAAAAGUGCGCUGAGGUUAAUGAUGACGUCACCAACGCUCACGUUCCCGAUCUAACUGAAGGUGUCAAGUAUGAGUUCCGUGUCAGAGCAGUAAAUAAGGCCGGUCCCGGUACUCCCAGUGAUCCAACUGAACCGCAUCUGGCUCGACCCAAAAACAUGCCACCGAAGAUAGAUCGAAACUUCAUGUCCGAUAUCAAAAUUAAAGCGGGUAAUGUAUUUGAAUUUGAUGUACCAGUUACUGGAGAGCCAUUGCCUAGCAAAGAAUGGACUCACGAAGGCAAUAUGGUCAUUAAUACAGACCGAGUAAAAAUUUCCAAUUAUGAUGACCACACCAAGAUACGAGUACUUGACGCCAAACGUUCCGAUACAGGGGAUUACACCUUAAUAGCUCGAAACAUAAACGGAAUAGAUAGACACACCGUCAAGGUUACCGUGCUAGAUGUCCCCAGUGUACCCGAAGGUCCCUUACGCAAUGGUGAUGUAACCAAAAACUCUAUAGUCCUGCGUUGGCGGCCGCCCAAAGAUGAUGGUGGCUCAGAGAUAACGCAUUAUGUUGUGGAAAAAAUGGAUAAUGACGCCAUGCGCUGGGUGCCAGUUGGUGAUUGCACAGAUACCGAAAUCCGAGCAGAUAAUCUCAUUGAAAAUCAUGACUACUCCUUUAGGGUUCGAGCUGUUAACAAGCAAGGACAAUCACAACCACUCACAACGUCUCAGCCAAUAACUGCCAAAGAUCCUUAUUCUCAUCCAGACAAGCCUGGCCAGCCGCAAGCUGUAGACUGGGGUAAAGAUUUCGUGGAUUUGGAGUGGGCCGCCCCAAAGCGGGAUGGCGGAGCACCCAUUUCAUCAUAUAUUAUUGAAAAGAGACCAAAGUUUGGUCAGUGGGAACGCGCUGCUGUUGUUCCCGGUGAAGAGCGUAAAGCCCACAUACCGGAACUAACAGAUGGCGGGGAAUACGAGUUCCGGGUAAUUGCAGUGAACCGUGGUGGACCUAGCGAUCCAUCCGAUCCAUCUGGCACUAUUAUUUGCAAGCCACGUUUCCUUGCUCCAUUCUUUGACAAGUCGUUAUUAAAUGACAUUACAGUGCAUGCUGGAAAGCGUUUAGGAUGGACAUUACCGAUCGAGGCAUCUCCAAAGCCAUCUAUUAAAUGGCUAUACAACGGAAAGGAAGUCGGCCCAAAUUCGCGAGGAGAGUCAAAUCUUUUCCAAAAUGAAUUAACUUUUGAAAUUCCAUCGUCACUUAGAAGUGACGAAGGUCGGUAUACGUUAAUACUUAAGAAUGAGCAUGGAUCUUUUGAUGCAUCUGCACACGCAACCGUUUUGGAUCGACCAUCGCAGCCCAAGGGACCUCUGGACAUAACAAAGAUUACAAGAGAUGGAUGCCAUCUGGCCUGGAAUGUUCCAGAGGAUGAUGGUGGUUCGCCUAUUUUGCAUUAUAUUAUCGAGAAAAUGGAUUUGUCUCGGAGCACCUGGUCCGAUGCUGGUAUGAGCACACAUACCGUGCAUGAUGUAACUCGUCUUGUUCAUCGUAAGGAAUACUUGUUCCGCGUUAAAGCCGUCAAUGCAAUCGGGGAAUCCGAUCCGUUAGAAGCAGCAAAGAGUAUAGUUGCUAAAAACGAGUUUGAUGAGCCUGAUGCACCUGGCAAACCAAACAUUACUGAUUGGGACCGUGAUCAUGUUGAUUUGCAAUGGGCAGUGCCAAAGAGUGAUGGUGGAGCUCCUAUUACGGAGUACAUCAUACAGAGAAAGGAAAAAGGAAGCCCAUACUGGACCAAUGUAUUGCAUGUUCCUUCAAAUAAGAACACUGCUACAGUUCCAGAGCUAACCGAGGGCCAAGAGUAUGAAUUUAGAGUGAUUGCUGUUAAUCAAGCUGGUCAGUCUGAGCCUUCAGAACCGUCCGAUAUGAUUAUGGCAAAACCUCGAUACCUGCCACCAAAAAUAAUAACUCCACUCAACGAAAUACGCAUCAAAUCUGGGCUUAUAUUCCACACAGAUAUUGAUUUCAUCGGUGAGCCAGCACCAGAAGCGACAUGGACGCUUAAUAACAAUCCGCUGAAAUCGAAUGAUAGGUCAACAAUUACAUCAAUCGGUCACCACACCGUGGUACACACUGUAAAUUGCCAAAGGUCGGACUCCGGAAUCUACCACUUAUUACUGCGUAAUAGUUCAGGAAUUGAUGAAGGCAGUUUUGAACUCAUCGUACUCGACCGCCCUGGACCCCCAGAUGGUCCAAUGGAAUAUGAAGAAAUAACAGCAAAUUCUGUGACUAUAUCAUGGAAACCACCAAAAGAUAAUGGAGGGUCUGAAAUAUCAUCUUACAUUAUAGAAAAACGCGAUCUAACGCAUGGUGGUGGGUGGGUUCCGGCAGUUAACUACGUUAAUGCCAAAUACAACCACGCCGUGGUUCCUAGAUUACUGGAAGGAACGAAAUAUGAGUUUAGAGUGAUGGCCGAAAACCUUCAAGGACGCUCCGAUCCUCUAACAUCCGACCAACCUGUGGUUGCCAAAAACCAAUACACAGUUCCGGGUGCUCCUGGCAAACCAGAACUUACCGACAGCGACAAGGAUCACAUUUCAAUCAAAUGGAAACAACCAAUAAGCAACGGAGGAUCCCCCAUUAUCGGCUACGACAUUGAACGUCGGGACAUCAACACAGGCCGAUGGAUAAAAAUAAACGGACAACCAGUCCCUACCACUGAAUACCAAGACGACAGGGUAACCCCGAAUCAUCAAUAUCAGUAUAGAAUAUCGGCUGUUAACGCUGCCGGUAACGGUAAGCCUUCUGAUCCAUCAGCCACAUUCGAUGCUCGACCACUUCGCGAAAAGCCAAGACUUUAUUUGGAUGGUCUAGUGGGAAGGCGUGUUAAAGUUCGUGCAGGAGAGCCUGUCAACAUAACAAUUCCAAUUUCCGGUGCUCCUACUCCUGCAAUUGAAUGGAAGCGAGGCGACUUAAAGCUGGAAGAAGGCAAACGAGUGUCCUAUGAGACUAACUCGGAGCGUACCAUAUUCCGCAUUGACGAUUCGAACAGGCGAGAUACUGGUAAAUACACAGUGACCGCCCUAAAUGAGUUUGGUAAAGAUACAGCUGAUAUUGAAGUUAUUGUCGUGGACAAACCAUCACCACCUGAAGGACCUUUAAGCUACACGGAGACAGCCCCUGAUCACAUUUCCCUACAAUGGAAUCCGCCCAAAGACGAUGGUGGCAGCGACAUAUCGGGUUACAUAAUAGAGUUUACUGAGUUUGGCGUAGAUGAUUGGAAGCCAGUCCCAGGAUAUUGUCCUAAGACGAACUACACAGUAAAGGGACUUACAGAAGGAAAGAAAUACGUGUUCCGUGUAAGGGCUGAAAAUAUUUAUGGAGCCUCUGAAGCACUCGAAGGCAAGCCGGUAUUAGCCAAAUCGCCUUUCGAUCCUCCCGGCGCACCGUCGCAACCAACAAUUGCAGCAUAUUCUCCGAACUCUGCGAGUUUGGAGUGGCAUCCACCAGACUACUGUGGUGGCAAACCUAUUACUGGGUACAUAGUUGAGCGACGAGAACGCGGCGGCGAAUGGAUAAAGUGCAACAAUUAUCCCACACCAAACACAUCCUAUUCAGUGCCUGAUCUUCGUGAAGGAGCUCGUUAUGAGUUCCGUAUAAUCGCAUUGAACGAGGCUGGACCCGGCCAACCAUCAAAGCCAUCCGACCCUAUGACUGCUGAGCUUCAGCGCUAUCGUCCAGAUCCACCCGAGCAACCGAAACCAGAUCGAAUUUCCAAGGAUAGCGUCACGUUGUCCUGGCGGCCACCUCGCAACGACGGAAAAUCCAGAAUUAAAGGAUAUUAUAUCGAGGUGCGACCCAAGAACGAGAAAGACUGGAAAAUAGUAAACGACUUACCCAUUAAUUCAACCGUGUUCACCGUUCCAAACCUUAAGGAAGGAGAGGAGUAUUCAUUCCGUGUUAUCGCUGAAAACGAAGUUGGACGAUCAAAUCCCUCCAAGCCUUCGCAGCCCAUUACAAUUGAGGAACAACCCAACAAGCCUUGCAUGGAUUUGGGAGGUGUUCGAGACAUAGUGUGCAGAGCUGGUGACGACUUUAGCAUUCAUGUACCCUACGUAGCUUUUCCAAAGCCCAGCGCCUUUUGGUAUUCCAACGACAGUGUGGUGAAUAACGACAAUCGUGUGCACCAGCAUUUGUCUGAUGAUGCAGCAUCGUUUGUGGUAAAGAACUCGAAGCGUUCCGAUUCAGGUCAAUAUCGACUUCAGCUAAAAAAUCCAUCAGGAUUCGAUACGGCAACCAUCAAUGUUAAGGUUUUGGAUAGACCAGCUCCGCCAACAAAUUUACGUGCUGAUGAAUUCGCUGGGGAUUCUUUAACAUUGUACUGGAAUCCACCAAAAGAUGACGGCGGCUCCCCCGUUCAAAACUACAUAAUUGAAAAGAAAGAAGCUCGUUCAUCCACUUGGACUAAAGUUAGCAGCUUCUGCACAGUUCCGUUUGUAAGAGUUCGUAACCUUGCGAUUAACAAAGAGUAUGACUUCCGGGUGAUAGCUGAGAAUAAAUAUGGCCAAUCCGAUCCUGCCAACACAUCAGAGCCCAUACGAGCAAGACAUCCGUUUGAUGUUCCUAAUGCUCCCGGUAUACCUCAUGGCAUUGACUCGACAGAAGAUAGUAUAACAAUAGCGUGGUCGAAACCCAAGCAUGAUGGUGGUUCUCCCAUAACUGGCUACGUUAUAGAGAAACGCCUUCUGAGCGAUGACAAAUGGACAAAGGCAAUUCAUGCUCUUUGCCCAGACCUUACUUGUAAAAUACCAAAUCUUAUUGAAAAUGCUGAAUACGAAUUUAGAGUAGCCGCGGUCAAUGCAGCAGGACAAUCACCAUACAGCGGUUCCAGCGACCUCAUUUUCUGCCGCCGUCCACCGCAUGCACCCAAGAUAACUUCUGAUCUAUCAAUUCGUGAUUUAACGGUAAUUGCAGGAGAUGAAUUCCACAUCACUGUACCUUAUCACGCAAAUCCUCGACCGACGCCAUCAUGGAGUGUGAAUGGUAUUGAUGUUACUCCAGACGAGCGAAUUAGAUUCGAUUGUGACGACUAUGCUUCAGUUUAUUACAACAAAUCGGCCAGGCGCAAUGAGACCGGCUCGUACACGAUCACACUUACCAAUACUAAGGGUUCAGAUACGGCAUCGUGUCAUGUCACUGUGGUAGACAAACCAGGACCACCUCAGGGUCCGUUGAAUGCCUACGACAUUACCCCAGAUACCUGCACCCUAGCUUGGAAGACGCCCUUAGAUGAUGGCGGUUCACCUAUUACAAAUUAUGUCGUUGAAAAACUAGACUCUAGUGGCACAUGGGUAAAGGUAAGCAGUUUUGUUCGUAACACUCACUACGAUGUCAUGGGCCUUGAGCCACAACACAAGUACCACUUCCGUGUUAGAGCAGAAAAUCAGUAUGGCUUGUCAGAUCCAUUGGACAUUGCCGAACCCAUUGUUGCCAAACACCAAUUCACAGUUCCUGAUGAGCCUGGUCAACCAAAGGUAAUCGACUGGGACUCUGGAAACGUCACACUGAUUUGGACUCGGCCAGCUAGUGAUGGAGGGUCCCGCAUUCAAGGGUACCAAAUUGAAUAUAGAGACAUUGUGAACGAUUCUUCUUGGAAUACAUAUGACUAUCUAAUAAAAGACACCAAAUACCAGCUUUACAAUUUAACCAACGGAAGUGAAUACGAAUUUCGUAUCAAGGCCAAAAACGCUGCUGGCUUGAGUAAGCCUUCUCCACCAUCUUUAAGAUUUAAACUAAAAGGAAAGUUCAGUGUACCUUCACCACCUGGAACCCCGCAAGUCACCAGGGUCGGUAAAAACUAUGUCGACUUGAAAUGGGAGAAACCUUUGAGAGAUGGCGGUUCCCGUAUCACCGGCUACGUUAUUGAACGAAGGGACAUCGGUGGAGCCGUAUGGGUUAAAUGUAACGAUUAUAAUGUUUUGGACACCGAAUACACCGUUAUAAACCUUAUCGAAAUGGGCGACUACGAGUUCAGAAUAUUUGCUGUCAACUCCGCUGGCCGCUCGGAAGCCAGCUUAUGUACGAUGCCAAUCAAAGUUUGCGAGGUUCUUGGUGGGGAAAAACCCGAAUGGAUUUCACGGCUUCAAGACAGAGUCGCACCUUGUGGCAAGGAUUAUACAUUGCAAUGUACCGCCUCAGGUAAACCUAUUCCAAGUGCUAGGUGGCUUCGCAAUGGAAAAGAAAUUCAAAUGGGUGGCGGCAGAAUUACAUGCGAUAGUAAGGACGGACAUUUCCGACUGCACAUAUCUAAUGUGCAAGCUGGAGACGAUGGAGACUACACAUGUGAGGCAAUCAAUUCCCUCGGUUUUGUCCACACCUCAGGUUAUCUUAAAAUUGGAUCACCCCCAAUUAUUAACAGAUGUCCCAGCGAACUCUACCUACCAGAAGGAGACAAUACAAAGAUCAAAGUCUACUACUCCGGCGACCAGCCAUUGACUGUGAUAUUAAAAUUAAAUAACGAGGUCAUAUCCGAUAGUAACGACGAUGCGCAUGUUAAGUUGAAUGUAUUUGAUGAUUAUGUAGCGAUUUGUAUUCGUGAUAUAGUAAAAAGUGAUGCUGGACAAUAUCAAAUAGAAUUCACGAAUGAUUCCGGUAAUGCCACCGGACAAUUUUAUGUACACAUUACUGGCCUACCUUCAGCGCCUUCAGGACCGAUGGGGAUCUCUUACAUCAACAAAAACUCCUGCACGUUGGCUUGGCGUCCGCCUUCUUAUGAUGGUGGUCUUAAAGUGACUCACUACGUGGUUGAGCGGAAGGAUGUGGCAUCACCGCAUUGGAUAACGGUUUCAAGCACCUGUAGAGAUACCGCCUUUAACGUACAAGGUCUAAUCGAAAACCAAGAAUACAUUUUCCGUGUGAUGGCUGUAAAUGAAAAUGGAAUGGGUUCACCACUAGAGGGUUUGAAUCCUAUCCGAGCUAAGGCCCCAAUUGACCCACCAUCGCCACCAGGUGUUCCUCAGAUAACUGAGAUUGGAGGAGACUUUGUGCAUUUGGAAUGGAGCAAGCCGGAAUCGGAUGGCGGUGCUCACAUUCAAGGCUACUGGAUCGAAAAACGUGAAUUUGGCAGCGACACAUGGCAGCGUGUCAACGCUACCAUCUGUGCAGCCAAUCAAAUAAACUGUAUCAAUCUGAUCGAAGGUCGGCAAUACGAGUUCCGAAUCUUUGCUCAGAAUGUUGCAGGGCUUUCAAAGGAAUCAUCCGCUUCUCAAGCGGUCAAAAUAAUAGAUCCAAAGGCGGCUUCGCCUCCAUUGAUAGUGAAACCGCUACGCGAUGCUAAUUGCAUUCAAAAUCACAAUGCCCAAUUUACGUGCACAAUAACUGGCGUUCCCAAGCCAGCCAUAACCUGGUACAAGGGCGCUCGCGAAAUCAGCAAUGGAGCACGAUAUCACAUGUACUCAGAAGGCGACGACCAUUUCCUAAAUAUUAAUGAUAUUUUUGGUGAAGACGCUGAUGAAUACGUCUGCCGUGCUGUGAACAAAGCUGGAGCAAAAUCAACACGGGCAGCCUUGGCCAUAAUGACUGCUCCAAAGUUAAAUGUUCCACCAAGAUUUAGAGACACGGCCUACUUCGAUAAGGGUGAAAAUGUUGUUAUCAAAAUACCCUUUACUGGUUUCCCAAAACCACGUAUUCACUGGGUUAGAGAAGGUGAGAAUAUCGAGUCCGGUGGCCACUACAGUGUGGAGGUCAAGGAGAGACAUGCUGUUCUUAUUAUUCGUGAUGGAUCCCGUUUGGACUCUGGACCUUAUAGAAUUACAGCUGAGAAUGAACUGGGUUCGGAUACAGCAAUAAUACAAGUGCAAAUUAGUGAUCGCCCAGAUCCGCCAAGAUUCCCUCUCAUUGAAAGUAUUGGAACUGAUUCGUUGUCUCUUAGUUGGAAAGCACCUGUCUGGGACGGCGGCAGUGACAUAACGAAUUAUUACGUAGAGCGACGAGAGCACCCAUUAUCUUCAUGGAUACGGGUUGGAAAUACUAGGUUUACGUCUAUGGCAGUGAGUGGUUUGACUUCAGGAAAAGAGUACGAUUUUCGUAUAUUUGCUGAUAAUGUAUAUGGGCGCUCUGAACCUUCUGACACUAGUACACUAAUCAAGACUAAAGAGUCUAUUAAAAAGAAACCGGCAGAACGUAAAUGGGAGCUGGAUGCAGCUGGCAAAAAGGUGCGCGGCAAAGCAGAUGGCCCAAUUAAAGACUACGAUUCUUAUGUGUUUGACAUUUACUCCAAGUUUGUUCCACAACCCGUUGAAAUAUCUCAACAAAGUGUGUACGAUAAGUACGAUAUCCUUGAAGAAAUCGGUACCGGUGCCUUUGGAGUGGUGCACCGCUGUCGUGAGAGAAGCACUGGAAAUAUUUUUGCUGCUAAAUUCAUUCCCGUAUCACAUUCAGUCGAGAAAGACCUGAUUCGUCGAGAAAUUGACAUAAUGAAUCAGCUACAUCAUCAAAAGCUUAUUAACUUGCACGAUGCUUUCGAGGACGAUGAUGAAAUGGUUCUGAUACUGGAAUUCUUAUCUGGUGGUGAACUUUUUGAACGCAUUACUGCCGAGGGCUACGUGAUGACGGAAGCUGAAGUUAUAAACUAUAUGAGGCAAAUUUGCGAAGGCAUCAGGCACAUGCACGAAAAGAAUAUUAUUCACUUGGAUAUAAAGCCAGAGAAUAUUAUGUGUCAAACUCGUUCAAGCACAAGUGUUAAGCUUAUUGACUUUGGAUUGGCGACACGUCUAGACCCAAAUGAAGUUGUCAAAAUUACAACCGGAACAGCCGAGUUUGCUGCACCGGAAAUCGUUAACAGGGAGCCCGUGGGUUUUUAUACCGAUAUGUGGGCUACAGGAGUACUGGCUUAUGUUCUGUUGAGCGGCUUAUCACCAUUCGCUGGUGAUAAUGAUGUUCAAACACUCAAGAACGUUAAGGCCUGCGAUUGGGAUUUCGACGUCGAAUCAUUUAAGUUCAUAUCUGAAGAAGGCAAAGAUUUUAUAAGGAAAUUGCUUGUUGCAAACAAAGAGAAGCGAAUGACUGCACACGAAUGUCUUCUGCAUCCUUGGCUCACUGGAGAUCACAGGGGCAUGACACAAGCAAUUAACCGCAACCGUUACCUGGCCUACCGUGAAAAACUGAGAAAGAAGUAUGAAGACUUUGAGAGAUAUCUGUUACCAAUUGGACGGCUUUCGGAAUACUCAUCUUUGCGAAAGUUGUUAAUGGAAAAAUAUAAGAUUUACGAUGCCGUUUUCGAUCGGCGACAGGCAGCACCACGCUUUGUGAUCCGACCAUCGUCCCAAUUUUGCUAUGAGGGUCAAAGCGUAAAGUUCUACUGCCGUUGCAUUGCAAUUGCCACUCCUACUCUUACCUGGUCACAUAAUAACACUGAGUUGCGGCAGAGUGUUAAGUUUAUGAAACGAUACACUGGGGAUGACUAUUACUUUAUAAUCAACCGAGUAAAGUUAGACGACCGAGGAGAAUAUAUUAUCCGUGCUGAGAAUCACUAUGGCUCCAGAGAAGAAGUCGUUUUCCUGAAUGUUCAGCCGUUACCAAAAGAACAGCCCAGGUAUCGAACGGAAUCAACUCCGGUUCGCAGACGUGAACCUUUGCCGUACACCUUCUGGCAGGAAGAGUCAGAGACGGCGCCCAGUUUCACAUUCCUUUUGCGGCCACGCGUCAUGCAGGCCCGCGACACAUGCAAACUGCUUUGUUGCUUAAGUGGCAAGCCAGUGCCAACUGUUAAGUGGUACAAGGAUGGCCGUGAGCUAAGCAAAUACGAGUACGCUAUGACCCACUCUGACGGAGUUGUCACUAUGGAAAUCAUUGAUUGCAAGCCAUCCGACUCAGGAAAAUACAGCUGUAAGGCAACGAACUGUCACGGAACAGAUGAAACCGAGUGUGUCGUGAUUGUUGAAGGAGAAUGGGUUACGCCUGAGCAGGCUCAACUUGCCCACAAUUUCCUUUACUCAGGAGAUAGGAAAUACAUAGAGCAGCCAAUUAAGCCCGCUCCUCCGCCUAUCGUUACAUCCCGUCAGUUCACCUCAACUUUAAUACCGAACACAUCGGAGCCUAAGGCCGCCACAACCAACUCAAGUUCUUCAAGCACGCAGAAUAGCAUUUCAGGCAAAAAGAAGUAUGCAUCUAAUAGUUUACAGGCCCCUGGAAGCCCAUCUAGAUCACGAAGUGCAACAAAAGAACUUAUACUUCCCCCCGAUGAUUCGUUAAUGUGCAAACCGGAGUUUACAAAGCCCCUUCACGAUCUUGCUAUUCGUGAUGGUGAGCAGUUAAUACUUACCUGCCAUGUAAAAGGCGAUCCAGAGCCCCAAAUUACUUGGUCAAAGAACGGAAAGUCUAUUUCAUCUUCUGAUAUUAUGGACUUAAAGUACAAAAACGGUAUUGCAACUUUAACCAUCAACGAAGUUUUUCCGGAAGACGAGGGAGUGUUCACUUGUACGGCCACAAAUUCCAUUUGCGCUGUGGAAACGAAGGCCAAGCUAACAAUAAAGCCGCUGGAUAAGAGCUCUAUCAAACGACAAGUGAUUGCCGGCGACAAAGCGCCGAAAAUAGUUAGUCACCUGGAGUCGAGAUUUGUUAAGGAUGGCGACUCUGUUACUUUGGCCUGUCGCAUUAUUGGAGCCGAACAAUUCGAUGUCGUAUGGUUGCACAACAACAAAGAGAUAAAGCCCAGCAAGGACUUCCAGUACACUAACGAGGCCAAUAUAUAUCGCUUGCAAAUCGCCGAGAUUUUCCCUGAAGAUGGCGGCACCUACACUUGCGAGGCCUUCAAUGAUGUGGGCGAAUCGUUCAGUACUUGCACAAUUAAUGUAACAGUGCCGGGAGACGAGCCUAAGCACCCGGCCUUUGUAAAGUUCCCCAUAUCAGUUUCUGUACUGGAAGGAGAGAGUACCACUUUCGAAUGCGAAUUAGAUUCUGAGAUCCUUAACUUGGUUUGGGUGAAGGAUGGCAAGCCCAUCGACGAAACUCUUUCACGAUACUCAUUUACCAAGGAUGACAGCCGAUAUGCUUUUACAGUUGCGAAAUGUAACAUGGACGAUGUUGGGCAAUACCAGGCUAAAGCGGUAGCCAAAAAGGGCGAAAGUAUAUGCGCGUUCUCAGUUAACGUUCAAAACGCCGAAUGCUAAGCCGAACUCUGAAGAUUUUACACUCUAUCGAACCAACUAUAUAAACCCUGCAUAUCUAUUAUAUACCUAUGUAUUAAGAGUAUGCUUAAAUUUAGACUGCUCAUGAAAAGUCGCUUUCAUCAUUCAAACAUCUAUACAUAUACAUAAGCGUUUAUGUAUAUAAAUAUAUGUAAAGUUUAUGCAUUUCAACCAUAUCGUUCAUAGUCCUGCAAAAUCAGAUUCACAUGCACUCACAUAAUUCACGUAUUACAUGUAGAAAUACUAUUUAUCAAACAAAUAAUGUCUAAGAAAAAUGUAAUAUAAUUGACUACCUUCACAUUUUUAAAAAUGGAAGUGAACUCACAGAUACUGAUCGAAAACUAGGAGCCCUCCGCUGCUUGAGUGACCUUUGGCAUCCUCAAACAAACAUCUUAAACUCAUGGGCCACUUAAGUAGUUGAAAAUUCUAGUUCUCAAACAGAGUUCUGUAUAACUUACGAAAUAUAAAGACAAAUGUGAAGUAUGCGGGCAGUAAUUGACAUAAAAAUAAAUGUAAUAUUUUUUAAAUAAAAGUAAUAUCCAAAUUAUUAACCAAA